CACUUUACCGCAACUACUAAGUUGGCAAAACUAUUAGCGCAGGUAUCUGAGCGCGCAUGAAUGUCCCUUAGCCGCGCUGUUGCCCGGUUAGCAUAUCCCGCAGGUCCUUUCACCCGUUCCGUCUCGAGGCCAUCUACUUUACGUCGUGCAGCACCCGUCUUUCGCGUCAAGAGAGACCAGAGACGAUUCUUGACUGUCAAACACGACCCGUCCCUUUCCUAUGUCCCAGAUAUCGAUGCCAUUGUUGACAAAAUCCGGCGGUGUAUCCCCACGGCAAAUGUUGGUGCUCUACACCAGCAGUUUUACGGCCUAUUCCGCGUGUUGGACGAGGAAAGGAAGGAUAAACCUACGGCUCCACCCCUCAAAGAGAAGGAGAUCCACGAUGUGCUAUCAUUACUAGCUGAGUCGGGUAGGCACCAUGAUUUGGAUAUGGUGAUGAAAAUUCUCGUCGACCUCCCCAUACUUUGCGGUGUCGAAGUAGGGGUGAAAGUGUACAAUGUCAUCCUUCGUGGCCUGAUCGCAAAUGGCAACCCUCAAACGAUUUUCAACUGGCUUAUGAACAUGCCUCAAAAGCCGAAAAAUAUAACGCCUACGCUUUUACAAUGGCACAUGUUCUUCGAGUGGUGUGCUGGAUCUGGCCAGGUGGGGGUACUUCAGCACAGCGUCUCCAAGAUGCAUCGUUCUGGACGUCGUCCCACCUUCAAAACUUUUGAAAUUCUAUUCAACGCUCUCUUCGACACUGGUGCUUCAAUCAAGAAAAUUCACGAAGCUCUAGAUAUCAUGGAACAUACCCCAUUGACGUAUGAUGAGAACUUCGCGAAACUUCUCUACGAUGGUUUUGUCAAACUUGGUCUUACGGAUCGAGCUCAGGAGAUGAAAGAUAAUUAUUGGAAACGUUUUAGCAAGAGGUCGAGGACGACAGAUCCCAACAUGAUUGAGUGGACAGAGAGCAUAGAGAAAGAGGCUGAGAACAAGGGGAUCGCCGCAGCCGUAACUUUGUGCAAGUCAUUGCAGAAAGACGGUUUCAAACUCUCUUCGCACACCCUUACACUUCUCAUCCGACAUACACACCGCCUCGAGUACCUUCGAUACGCGGAAGCCGAACUGCACUUGAAGGCAUCCACAAUUCACUGGGCUAUCUUGAUAAGUAAUGCCGUGCGUAUCGGCGACCUGACAGGUGCUCUGUCGAUCUAUGAGGAGUCCAAGUCUGCUGGGAUUACUCCUGGUACACCCCUGGUACACCCAAUAGUCAAUGCCCUCUGCACCACUCUUGAUGAUGCCGCGAUUGAUCGAGCAUUAGGACUCUACAAGGACCUUGCUGAGGCUGCUCCUGUCACUCAUUCAAAACAAGAACUCCAACCUCCAGGGCGCCGGCAUUCCUCGGGCCCAGAUGCCAACCUCUACAAUAUCUUAUUCCUCGCAUUUGGCGCUUCCAAGAACGUCAAAAAGUAUUUUCCUAUUGCGCUUUCCCUCCUUGAAGACAUGGAGGCUAGAAAUAUUGAACUCAACAGCCCGAUGGCUGUUUCUUCCCUGGCCAUCGUUGUCAUGCGGUGUGCUUCCAGCUUCGACGACGCAUUGAAGGCCUAUAAACGAAUAUGUAAACGUCCCAAUGCGCCUCCCCUCGAUGCCAAAGGCUACCAAGCAAUCCUUCACACCCUUACCCAGCUCUCGUUCGGAGACUACGAAAGAUUACCGUCCGUGUGGCACUAUUUCGAAGUAGUGAAGGACAUGCGGACGAGAGGGGUUGAGAUCACAGCUCCUGUGUAUACUAUCCUCUUCCGGCAUCUCGCGCUACUCUCAGGGGAACUGCCGCCCGAGGAGCGUGAUGCCCUUGCAGCAGCUGUGCGGAGGGCACACGAUCACCUGACGCUCGACCCUUCCUUCACGCCUGAUACGGUGCUUUGGAACCAGCUGAUGGACACUUAUCAGCGCGUUGGGCUGUUCGCGGAGGCAUACCGCGUUUGGGAAACGCUCUUUAUCACCGGGCGCUUCAAUCAAGCGAGCGUUGCCAUUAUCAUUGACGCAUGUGGGUUUGCGAAUGCCUGGCCCAUGGCUGCACAGGUAUGUCUGAAGAUGACCAAGCUCGGAUUCAAGUUCAACUUGCGGACGUGGAAUACGUGGAUAGAGUGCAUGUGCCGCGUUGGGAAGCUUGAUGAUGCGCUCAAGGUUGUGUGUUUAGAGAUGGGGAAAGAUCAGCCGAACAUUGCGCCUGAUGUUAACACGGUCAAGGUACUUCUUUCGUUUGCUGCACGGACAAACCAGCAAGACGAGGUGAUGGACCGCAUCAAACGGUAUCUCCCUCAGCUAUGGCAUACGUUACCCACCGAACUCGAUGGCUAUUCCAUCAGAGAGCGCGCAACAGCAGUAGACCCAAAAUGAUCAUCGUA